AACCGGCUUUUCGGCGAGUUAUGCGAACUUUUAUCUCUCGUGUAUGUAAUGUGCAGAACUUCGUCUUCCACGAGUUUACGUGGUUCGCCCCUGCGGAGGAGGCUUUCGAUAAUGAGGAUUCGAAGAUACGGGCCGUCGCGCCGCAGCAUCCCGCCACCGACCUUCUGGUGUUCCUAGCCAUUUGCGGGCUCCUCUUCGUAUUCAUGAUACUAUCUUCAAAUUCCCCCAAAAACGGAGCGCCGAGCUACGACACCAGCAACAUCGAAACGAUUUCUAUGGCUCUCAGAGAGGAUCCGUCGUCCUUCUGGUACUCGAGAACCGCGGGAUUGACGAACUGCUACCACGCUUGCGGCGACUCGAUUGCUCCAUCGCGCGACGUCGCUUCCAAGAUGCCGAAUGUCUCGCGUCGAGCUGUCUCAAACGCCAAGAUGUCACCACAAUCUAGAAGCUUGAAUUACAACGCGCGUUCUUGCUACAGUAAGCAUUCACAAAAGACGCAGGCGAGUCGCCCGGUUUCUCAAAUGACACCUCGGGAAUGGUUGAUAAGACGCACUAGAAGCGGUCACGUCUAUGGAAAGUAUCCAGUUUAGAUCAAGUGAUCUCGACGUCGAGGCCAAUGAAGGAACCUAAUCGUAACGACACAACUCGCCGUUUAAUUCAAGAUAAAAAUAUCUUCUCCGAAAAUAACUACGAUAACUUCCUCGAGCAUUCUUCGGCAAUUUUUGACAACUAUUUUCGACAAUUAUAUAACUGUUUUCCUUGUU